UUUAUUAUCAUCGGUGGCUCGAGCGAAGUAGCUCGUUUGUGCUGUAUUUUUUAAUUCAAUUGCUUACAUAUUGUAAGUGAUUAAAAAGGUUAAGAUUCCUGUAAGUGAACAAAGUUCGCGAUGGCUGUUUUAAAGACAUCAACUAAUUAUAAACUUCUAACUCUGUUGGCACCGAGAUACUGCCCACAAUUAUCAGCAAGAAGAAACUUAAAUUUGCAAGAAUUCCACAGUAAGGACUUAUUAAGGAAAUAUCAAGUUUCAAUUCAAGACUUUCGAGUUAUUGAUUCUAAAUUAGACUCUAAACCGCUUUCGGAUUUUAAGGCUAAUGAGUACGUAGUUAAGGCUCAAAUAUUAGCUGGAGGCAGAGGUAAAGGUCAUUUCGAUAAUGGAUUCAAGGGAGGUGUACAUUUGACGAAAAAUCGUGAUGAGAUUUUAAAGUUGGCUCAGAAUAUGAUUGGUCACAAGCUGAUAACAAAACAGACUCCCAAGGAUGGCAUACUGGUUGACAAAGUAAUGGUGGCAGAAAGUGUAAACAUCAAGAGGGAGACAUACUUUAGUAUAGUAAUGGAAAGGUCUUUCAAUGGUGCUGCUAUAGUUGCAUCCCCAGCUGGUGGGAUGGACAUUGAAGCAGUUGCUGAGAAAACUCCUCACUUGUUGAAAACUGUUCCUAUUGAUAUUUACGAGGGUGUCACUGACAAGGUAGCUAAUGAGCUUGCAGAAUUUUUAGAAUUCAAGGGCCCAUUAAAAAGUAAAUGUGCUGAAGAAAUUAAAAAGCUCUGGGAAUUAUUUAUAAAGGUUGAUGCCACGCAACUAGAAAUUAAUCCUUUAGUUGAGACAGAUGACGGUCGUGUGAUAUCUGUUGAUGCCAAGAUCAACUUCGAUGAUAAUGCCAACUUCAGGCAACAAGAGAUAUUUGCUCUUGAUGAUUUAUCAGAAAGUGAUCCCAGAGAAAGAGAAGCUGCAUCCCUAAACCUUACAUACAUUGAUAUGGAUGGUAGUAUUGGAUGCAUGGUCAAUGGAGCAGGUUUAGCAAUGGCGACUAUGGACAUAAUCACCUUAAACGGAGGAAAAGCAGCAAACUUCUUAGACCUUGGUGGAGGUGUUGGCCAAAAACAAGUAUCAGCUGCUUUGAAAAUUUUAGAAUCAGACCCCAAAGUGAAAUCCAUUUUCGUCAAUGUCUUUGGAGGUAUCGUCAACUGUGUAACAAUUGCUAACGGUAUUAUCGCAGCUUGCAAAGAAAACCCUCCUAAACACCCGCUUAUCGUUAGAUUAGAAGGCACUAACUCGGAAAUUGCAUUGAAAUUGCUUGAAGAAUCUGGUCUUCCUAUGAAAAUUAUUAAUGACGUCGACAAAGCCGCGAAAACUGCUGUCCAAUUGGCGAAGUAAUGCAAUAGAUAUCAGAUAUAUACAUAUAAUGUUUAAGCGAUUGGUGCAGGCUAUUCUGUGACAUUGGUUUACAUGGAAAUGCAAAAAAAAAUACGACAUAGUACUGUAGAUUUCCAUUUAAUUAUCGGUAGCCGUUACUUGAAAUAAAGGAUUAAAAAAUACUGCGUAAGAUGACACCCUGCAAGCAUAAUAAAUGUAAUUUUAAAUAACUAACUGAAGAAAUAUGUACUGUUAC